UACAGUACUUGAUGCUCUUAUUGACAUUAGUGGUGGAAAAGUUAACAUCCAUGUAUUAAUGGCUCUAGCGGCAUUUGCUUCAGUAUUUAUGGGGAAUGCCUUAGAAGGAGGGUUACUUCUUGCCAUGUUUAAUUUGGCUCAUAUAGCUGAAGAGUACUUCACCAGCCGUUCAAUGAUUGAUGUUAAAGAGUUGAAGGAAAAUCAUCCCGAAUCUGCUCUUGUGCUGGAUAUGAAUGAAGAUAGACUUCCUAACACAACCGAUUUGGCAUACAAAAGGGUUCCUGUACAUAAUAUAGAAGUGGGAUCCUAUGUUUUGGUUGGAGCUGGUGAGUCUGUGCCUGUAGACUGUGAAGUUUUUCAAGGCAAUGCAACCAUUACUAUCGAACACUUGACGAAUGAAGUCAAACCUUUAGAGAUUAAAGUUGGAGACAGGAUUCCUGGUGGAGCAAGAAAUUUGGAUGGUAGGAUAAUUGUGAAGGCUACAAAAACGUGGAAAGAGUCAACACUCAGCAAGAUAGUACAAUUGACUGAAGAAGCACGCUUGAAUAAACCAAAGCUUCAAAGGUGGCUUGACCAAUUUGGUGAGCAAUACAGCAAGGUUGUCAUAGUCUUGUCUGUAGCUAUUGCUCUCAUUGGUCCAUUUCUCUUCAAGUGGCCAUUCUUUGGAACAUCAGGGAAACUAGCAUUCAAAGCAAUUGAACCAAUUUAUGGACAUCAGGCUGGAAACAAUAACUCAAAUUUGACUACCUGUUGUAUCCCGAACUGUGAGAAAGAAGCUCUUGCAGUCGCAGCUGCCAUGGAGAAGGGUACCACUCAUCCUAUCGAAAGGUAGCGUCACUGGACCAUAGAAUUUACUUUUCACAGUAGCUUUUUGGUCUGUAAUCUUUAAAUUAUUUACUCAUAUUGGCUGUAUCACUACUGCCUUAUCAUUUAUUAUCUCGAUUUUCUGAUCCAUGCUCUGUGGGGUUGCAUUGGUUGAGAGAAAUGAAUAAACAAGAUCUCCAUAAUACACGAUCUCAACAAGAAUCCAUAGAGAAUUUUCAUCUUCUGUGGCUGAAAGUGAAUUAGGCUUAUUGAGGCAAAGGCAUACAGUCUCCGGUCUGAGGGAAGGGUUCUCCAGACUGGAUAAUUCUGUUUGUGCUUAAGCAAGCAGCAGUCUUUCUGAUACAUCUAACGAGGAUAAUAUUUCAAAUCUAAAUGGAGAACCUCAAGAAAAUAACUUAUAUGCAUCAACGAUUUGGAAUU